CCGGGCGCGGGGCGCAGCGCGGGGCGCGGGGAUGGCGCCGGGGCGGGGAGCCCGGGUGGCCGGGCGCACGCGUCGAGCCGAGCGCACGGAGACGGGGUGUCCGGCAGAGCGGCCCGAGACCUGCCCGCGGGAGGAGCGACCGGGUCGGCGCGGCGGGUUAGCAGUCUGAAGCGAUGGGCGACUGGAGCUUCCUGGGGAGACUCCUAGAGAACGCCCAGGAGCACUCCACUGUCAUCGGCAAGGUCUGGCUGACGGUGCUGUUCAUCUUCAGGAUCCUGGUGCUGGGGGCCGCGGCCGAGGAGGUGUGGGGGGACGAGCAGUCGGACUUCACCUGCAACACGCAGCAGCCCGGCUGCGAGAACGUGUGCUACGACCGCGCCUUCCCCAUCUCGCAUGUGCGAUUCUGGGUGCUGCAGAUCAUUUUCGUGUCCACGCCCACGCUCAUCUACCUGGGCCACGUGCUGCACCUGGUGCGCAUGGAGGAGAAGCGGAAGGAGCGCGAGGAGGAGCCGCCGAAGGCCGCCAGCCCGGCCGAGGGGCACCAGGGCCCGGCCCCGGUGCGCGACGACCGCGGCAAGGUGCGCAUCGCCGGCGCCCUGCUCCGCACCUACGUCUUCAACAUCAUCUUCAAGACGCUGUUCGAGGUGGGCUUCAUCGCCGGGCAGUACUUCCUGUACGGCUUCCAGCUGAAGCCGCUGUACCGCUGCGACCGCUGGCCCUGCCCCAACACGGUGGACUGCUUCAUCUCACGGCCCACGGAGAAGACCAUCUUCAUCCUCUUCAUGCUGGCCGUGGCCUGCUUGUCCCUACUCCUCAACGUGCUGGAGAUCUACCACCUGGGCUGGAAGAAGCUGAAACAGGGGAUGACCAGCCCCUUCCGCCCGGACACCCCUGGUUCCAGGGCGGGGUCCGCAAAGCUGGUGGGGGGGAGCCCCCUCCUCCUGCCCCCCAACUCCGCCCCGCCCGCCGUCACCAUCGGGUUCCCGCCCUACUACGCGCCCUCCGCCUCCUCCCUGGGGCAGGCGUCUGCCCCGGGCUAUCCCGAGCCGCCCCCGCCCGCGGCCCUGCCCGGGACCCCCGACACCCCCGGAACCCCCGGCGGCGGUGGCAACCAGGGCCUGCGCGCGCCGGCGCAGAACUGGGCCAACCGCGAGGCUGAGCCGCAGACUUCGGCCAAGAAGGCCUCCCCGCCCGCGUCGACGCCUCCUGCAGCCGCGACCCCCGCUGGGGCCCCCCAGCAGUCCCUUCCGGAGGGCGCGGCGGGGAGCUCGGGCGACAGCCACGGGGAGGGGGCGGUGACGGCCGUGGAGCUGCACGCGCCCCCCGAGCCCCCCGCAGACCCCGGCCGGUCCAGCAAGGCCAGUAAGUCCAGCGGCGGCCGGGCCAGGGCCGGCGACUUGGCCAUCUAGCGGCGGCCCAGCGUCCAGGCCCAGGGCGUUCACCGGCGGGUGGCGGCCUGGAGGUGGGAGGGGCUGGAGCGGGCAGAGGGGGCGAGCGAGGGUCGGGUCCGUGUGUCAGUGCUUGCUGUUCCUAGCGCUGUGAGGUAGCGGGGGGCGCAUCCGAGACGGGAGGGGGCACAGGGGCCGGGGGCCUCCAAAGAUUCUCCCAGCAGCCUUCGAGCCGGAGCCGGGCGGCCUUCCCGGAGAUGCUGCGGCCGGGUGGAGGCUGUGGUGCCUGUCUGCUGUGGGAAGACAGAGGGUCUGCAUCACUUCAGGUUGGGGCUCAACGGUUUUCCAGCCCUACGCCCCCCGGAGCCUUUGGACCGCCCAGCAAGUCUAGAAGUUCUUAGCCUUAUCUCUGUUUGAGACUUUAACUUAGAGUUGAAUUAUAUUUGGGAUAUUUGCCAAACCGUACUAAAAAAAGAUUCCAUACAGUCACUGAGUUUCUGACAGGUCUCUGAAGCCCAGGACAUCAAACCACACCCUUCAUGACAAGUGACAAGCAGCCACCCAACAGGGGCAGAGAUGUGGCGGGCAGGCAGGAGAGCCUGUGAGAGGCGGACCCUUGAGAUAAGUUUGAAUGGCCGAGGAAACUGAGUAAAAGUGUGACAAGUAUGCCUUAGGUAUUUAUUUUUUAAAUGGCAUUUUGUGCUUUGAUCUGAAUUGUACAGAUAUGCCUAUUUUUCCCCAUUUACUAUCUUUCAGGAAAAAUGAAGCAAAUAGUCUUGUUAAAAUGGAUACUGAUCAAGAGAGUGCACAUUUGUCCUUUACAUACUAGUAAAGAUUUGAACUUUAAAAGAAAUUCUUCGACUUUAUGAGUCAGUUAAUUACUGUGAGAAUAUACCUUAUACAACUGAAGCCAGCGUUGGGAAAUCUCUAAGUACAGUUCAAAUGCUUGAAGUUGUGAAGUUUUUGAGUGGGAGGUUAAAAGUUAACCACUGUUGCCAGAAAAUUUAUUUAUACAGAUGAAUCCAUGACCUACAUUUUUUUAACAGUACAAAA